AUGGGGAAGGAGGCGGGGCCAGCCGAGCGGCUGCUGCGGGACGGCCCCAACGAGCUCCGCCCCCCCCGCGGGACCCCCGAGUGCGUCAAGUUUGGGCGACAGUUGGCCGGGGGUCUCCAGUGCCUGAUGUGGGUGGCGGCGGCCAUUUGCCUCAUCGCCUACGGCGUGCAGGAGGGAGAGGGUGACCGCGGCAGCUCCGACAACCUGUACCUCGCCAUCGCCCUCAUCGCCGUCGUCGUCGUCACCGGUUGCUUCGGCUACUACCAGGAGUUCAAGAGCACCAACAUCAUCGCCAGCUUCAAGAACCUCGUCCCUCAGCAAGCCACGGUGAUCCGAGAAGGGGACAAGCUGCAGAUCAACGCCAACGAGCUGGUGGUCGGUGACCUGGUGGAGAUCAAAGGAGGGGACCGAGUUCCUGCAGACAUCCGCAUCAUCUCAGCUCAGGGUUGCAAGGUGGACAACUCAUCCUUGACGGGGGAGUCGGAGCCCCAGACGCGGUCACCCGAGUGCACCCAUGAUUCGCCCUUGGAGACCCGCAACAUCGCCUUCUUCUCCACCAUGUGCCUAGAAGGUGCGUCCCACCCGGACACCGGGGUCCCACCCGGACACCUGGGUCCCCACCUGGACACCUGGGUCCCCUUCCCGGACACCGGGGUCCCACCCGGACGUCUGGGUCCCCACCCGGACACCUGGGUUCCCUUCCCGGCCACCUGGGUGACCCCUAUGGCCCACCGCCCAGGUCAGAGCUUCGACCAAUCGUCCGAGACGUGGACCAUGCUGAGCCGCGUCGUCACCCUCUGCAAUAGGGCCCAGUUCAAGCCGGGACAAGACAACGUCCCCGUGGCCAAGCGCGAGGUCAUCGGCGACGCUUCGGAGACGGCGCUGCUGAAGUUCGCGGAGGUGACGGUGGGGUCGGUGGCGGAGGCGCGCGGACGCUUCCCCAAGGUGGGGGUGGCACAUGCAACACUCCCAUACACAUGGGUCCCGGUGUCCCCGCCGCCGUGUCCCCUCACGUCCCCCCCUUGUCCCUCCCAAGGGUUCUGCGCCCGCUGGCUGCCAGCGGGGACGGUGGCAGCGGGGACGGACCCCGAGGAGCUGCCGGAGGUGGCCGUGGGACUCUGCUUCGCCGGGCUGGUGUCCAUGAUCGAUCCACCCAGGGCCACCGUCCCCCAGGCCGUGCUCAAGUGUCGCACGGCUGGUAUCAGGGUAGGGGACACGGCUGGGGACAUGGGGACAUGGGGAUGGGGGGACACCGAGGACAUGGAGGGACAUGGGGACUGGGAUGGACGCGACGGGGUGACCGACUCCCCGGCGGUAAAGAAGGCCGACAUCGGGGUGGCCAUGGGCAUCGCCGGCUCCGACGCCGCCAAGAACGCGGCCGACAUGAUCCUCCUCGAUGACAACUUCGCCUCCAUCGUCACUGGCGUGGAGCAAGGCCGCUUGAUCUUUGACAACCUGAAGAAGUCCAUCGCCUACACCUUGACCAAGAACAUCCCCGAGUUGACCCCUUACCUCAUCUACAUCACGGCCAGCGUCCCCCUGCCCUUGGGCUGCAUCACCAUCCUCUUCAUCGAGCUCUGCACUGACAUCGUGAGUGCCCGGACGCUUGGGUCCAUCAACCGGUCGUUGAGGUUCCUCACCCAGGAACCAGGGGGCUUCAUAUGGACCUUGGGGGGGUUCUUCACCCGUUGG